AUGACCACCGAUCAUCCGGAUUUACGCCAUCGCGCAUCGUCAUCAACAUUGCAGCCCAAGGAGGAGGCGAUAGACGACAAGAAAGAUCCCCACGUGAUAUUGGGCAGACAGCAGUCGACACACACUUCCAAGCUCUUUGUAUUAGGCCUGUGCCUGAUACAUCGACUGGUCAAUGCUUUCUUUACCCGCACCUACGAUAAUCCAGAUGAAUACUGGCAAGCACAAGAAGUGGCACAUCAUAUGGUCUUUGGAUAUCCUUUUUUUCUUCUUCACUAUUUAUAUCAAAGACAUCAUCAAUCGAGAUUAUACAAUCCUUAA